CCGUCUACGUCACAUGAAGCGGAAGUUCACAGCAAUAACAUAUUCCGUGCUAAUAUGGCAGCGCAGGGAGAAGGCGAUGCGGGCACCAGCAAUGACCAACUACUAGACUUAGGAGCUGCACUACUGAAAGACUUUAUCUAUGAGCGGAUUCAUCGCCAUGGGGACAACAAAGCCUUGGUAACUAGGAGCCAGUUGGGUGGGUCUGAGCUGUGCGACCCCAGCCAUAAGAGACUUGCACAGUGUCUGCAGCAGAUUGGAGACGAGCUGGACAGUAAUGUACAACUGCAGAGUAUGAUAAACGACUCAGCACUACAGCCUACAAAAGACGUAUUCGUGAAAGUCGCCUGUGAAAUCUUCUCCGAUGGGAAGUUUAACUGGGGCAGGGUGGUGGCGCUUUUCUACUUUGCUUGUCGGCUUGUCAUCAAGGCUGUGAUGACGAAGGUUCCUGACAUCAUCAGAACCAUCAUCAACUGGACCAUAGACUACCUGCGUGAUCAUGUGAUUACUUGGAUCAGGGAACAGGGAGGCUGGGAAGGGAUCCGGUCCUACUUUGGAACGCCUACCUGGCAGACUGUCGGCGUCUUUCUGGCUGGAGUUCUCGCCACUGUGGUGGUCAUGCGCAAGAUGUAAAAAA